GACGAGAGAAAUUUAUGAGGAGAAAAGACGCGAUUUUAGCGUUUCUUGGGGUGUUUAAAAACGAGAAUCUUGCCUGCAAUCAGAAGUACAGCCUGUAUUUCUACCCCGAGGAGGUGGUUCGUCAUCACUUCGGACUGUUUCAUCCACACCCAUAAAGUGAUUGAGACCUUCAGUGAAGCUCCUCCUACAACAAUCCACCAAUAACACACAGAGAAAUCACUUCAUGUGUGACAACUGAAAUCUGAGAGGAGCUCGAGAAGAUGAAAGAUCCACAACCGUGCAGAAUAAAGACUGAAGAAACUGAAGAACAAAUAGAUAUGAUAGAAGUGAAAAAGGAGAGUCACGAUGAAGUGGAUGAGAAACAUCAGAUUGUAAAAAUAAACCAUAAUGUUUCACAGAAAGGAACUCUGAGAACAAAAGACAUAAAGUGUGAAAAGAGUUUCAGUAAAGAUGGACGCCCUGAGGAUCACAAGAGGACUCACAGCGAGGAGAAGCCAUUCACAUGUCAUCUAUGUGAAAAGAGUUUUAGAGUUAAAAGUAAACUUGAGAUUCACAUGAGAACUCACACUGGAGAGAAACCUUACAAGUGUCCACUGUGUGGAAAGAGUUUCGCAGUUGAAUUUAGCCUUAAGACACACAUGAGAAUUCACACUGGAGAGAAACCUUACACAUGUUUUCAGUGUGGAAAGAGUUUUAUAUCUUCAAGUGACCUUACGAGACACACAAGAAUUCACACCGGAGAUAAACCACACGCGUGCCAUGAGUGUGGAAACCGGUUUACAACCUCAGGUACCCUUAAGAAACAUUUGAGAUUUCACACCGGAGAGAAACCAUUCACAUGUAAUCUGUGUGGAAAGAGUUUCACAGUUGAAUUUAGCCUUAAGACACACAUGAGAAUUCACACUGGAGAGAAACCUUACACAUGUAAUCUGUGUGGAAAGAGUUUUAUAUCUUCAAGUGACCUUACGAGACACACAAGAAUUCACACCGGAGAUAAACCACAUGCGUGCCAUGAGUGUGGAAACCAGUUUACAACCUCAGAUACCCUUAAGAAACAUUUGAGAAUUCACACUGGAGAGAAACCUUAUACAUGUGAUUUGUGUGGAAAGAGUUUCAGAGAUAAAAGUAGCCUUAACAUACAUACAAGGAUUCACACCAGAGAGAAACUGUUCACAAACCAUGAGUGUAAAAAAAGUUUCAGAAGUAAAAAUAACCUUAACCCUUUAACCGGCGCAGCCCUUUUUGAGUGGGGGUGGUGAAAAGAUAAUGUACACUUUCAAAUUAAUAUAACUCUGGCAUUUUUUUUUGUCUAGAAGCCUAAAUUUGGUCUUAUUUUAAAGAAGACACUUAAAACGUUUUUUUUUUUACGGAAGUAUCUGUAGGUGAAAAUAUAUAUUUUUUUAUAGCAGUUUACAUUUAUUUGUAACAAAUAAAAAAUGCAAUAUUGUAUUAAUUUUAUGUAUUAAAAAAGAUUUUAAAAAAUGAGGUUUUUGUUGGUUUGCUGUUAGGUUUGCUGCAUACUCUUGUCACAAAUGAAUAAAUUAAGGGCGAGUUAUAGUCAUGCGUAGGUUCUACGCCGUAGCCUGUGCGUAGCUCUGCGUAGCCUGACGCGCACCUCGCAAAAUUUUUAACAGUGCGUCAGUUCUACGCGGACCGCAAGCACUGUGAUUGGUCCACCAGAACCCCUCCCGUCAGGUAAAAAACUGCGUCAUAGGUAUUUCCGUUUGCGAUGGUGAAAACAAGUUGAGGAGUGAUUUAACUCAAACUGCAACAAAAGUCGCUGUUUUUUACAUCCAUCAUUGGUCUUAUCAAAUCAUACACAACAAGUAGCUGUUUCUUUUUCGUUUGUGGCUUAACUUGCAAAGUUUCUUCUUCUUUGGCGUUCGUGCUGCUACUGUGGUUACACGCGUGGUUACUGCCUACCAGCGGCCUGCGCGCGUGUUUGCACGUCGACGCGGACGACGACGCAAAAGUAUAAAUGAAAACCGACGCGGAACCUACGCCGUAGGACCUACGCACGACUAUAACGAGCCCUUUACAGUUACUGCAUUACUAUCACUGCAAAAAGGUUUUAAAGGAACACGCCCACAUUUUGGGAAUUUAGCUUAUUCACCGUAUCCCCCAGAGUUAGAUAAGUCCAUAUAUACCUUUCUCAUCUCCGUGUGUGCUGUAACUCUGUCUGACGCAGUCCCUGCUAGCUUAGCUUAGCACAAAGACUGGAAGUAAAUGGCUCCAGCUAGCAUACUGCUCCCAAUAAGUGACAAAAUAACGCGAACA